AUGGUCGAUCAAACACACCCAGUUCUUACUUCAUUCAAGCUUGGAGAUCUAGAACUACCAAACAGACUUGUUGUAGCCGCCAUGACUAGAUGCAGAGCUGAUCCAGCUGCUGGUAUCCCAAAUGACCUCCAUGUUGAGUAUUAUUCCGCAAGAGCAUCAGCAGGGUUCAUCUUGACUGAAUGUGCCUCAGUAUCUCAAGAAAGCAAUGCCUUCCCAGGAGCUGCUAAUCUCUAUAACGAUGAGCAAGUUGUUGGAUGGAAGAGAGUUGUUGAUGCUGUCCACGCUAAGGGAGGUAGAAUUUUCGCCCAAAUUUAUCAUGGAGGAAGAGCUGUUCAUCCAGAUAUGAUUGGAGGAGGUGUAACAUACUCUUCGUCAGCAAUUGCUAUCAAUGGCACUGUCCACACUUAAAAUGGAAGAGUACCACAUGCUGUCCCUAAGGAAGCCUCUGCUGAGGACAUUAAGAAAGUUCUUAAUGACUUCAAGAGAUCAGCUGAAUUAGCUAAGCAAGCUGGCUUCGAUGGUAUUGAAAUUCAUGGUGCCAAUGGAUACUUGGUUGAUGAGUUUUUAAGAGACUCAGUCAACAAGAGAACUGAUGAUUAUGGAGGCUCAAUUGAAAACAGGGCCAGGCUACUUGUUGAAAUCUUAGAACAAGUCAAGACAGUUUACCCUGCAGACAGAGUAGGUGUGAAACUAUCACCAUUCAGUAGUUAUAACGAUAUCUAAGAUUCAGACCCUAUCGCUCUUUAUACACAUGUUGUCCACGCAAUCGGGUCAAUUGGGUUUGUUGAAAUUUCAGAAUUAUUUAGCUUUGACGCUACUAAUGCAGAGCUCUAAUCUAAAUUCUUCGCUAAUCUCGAACAUUAGAGUAUCAGACCAUACUUGAAGCCAAGAUUCUAAGGACUUGCCUUCAUUUCAAAUGGUGGCUAUGAUUUAUAAAAAUCUAAUGACGUUAUUUCAAGUGGAGAGUCUGACCUCGUAUCUUACGCUCAACUUUACUUAACUAACAAUGACCUUCCAGAGAAAUUCGCAGCAGGCACACCUUUGAAUGGACUUCAUAACGUUAAGGAAAUGUCAAAACUUUGGAGUGUAUAUUUCUAUGGAAGCACUGGGGAAGGAUACACAGACCUAUCUGUAUACGAGCCAUGA